UUCUCAACUGCAGAAAUAAUGUAUAUAAAAAGUAGGGCUCAUUUAUUAAUGUACAGUAUGCCAGUAAGUGUAAUUUAUUAAGCAAAACAUAUUAGGUACCAUAACUUUUUUGACAUUUUUUGUUGUCUCGGUUGGAGGUGAACGAACACCAGGCGUCGGAAAUCUCCUCUGACUAGAGAAAUGGCGGACCGACCGUCUAGAACGCAUCGAAACGUACAAAAGGUAUCGCACAUUGAGCGAACCUGUGCUUCCAAACGACAGGUGAUGGAGCAUAAUCGUGCAGAUGCUCCCUGUGAAAAAGAUGGCAAACGGGAAGGCAGGCGGUCAAAGCCCGAGAUGGCCCUCUACCGACCAGGCAUGGGUCUACCCCAGAAAAACCAUGGGAGAGCAGACACGUCCGGAACACCCAUUGAGGCCAAAGGACAGGACCCUGUGCCAGCCUUGAAGGACCUUUCCCUGAAAGAUAGCAUAAAUGGGAAGUGGACGGGCAGUCGAGCCAAGCGUCCUGACCAGCCCGUCUACACGCCACGGCCCGUCAAACCUUCUGUAGAGCGGCCGGCUGCUCCGUCUGAAGGACGACCCAAGACGGCUGUCGUAGACUCUAAGGGGCCGCCAUGUUCUGCUACACCAUUUCCUGCAGAAGGCACAAAGCCUGUGCCUGUUGGUGCUGCUGAGAAAAAUGCUGAGAGCAGCGCAAAGAAGGUGCAGCAACCUCGUCCCGAAUUGGCACUGCAGAAUGGGCACCACGAGCAUCGAGCAGAGACAAAAGUGACAGAAAACUGCGAGGAGCAUCCUAAAGAGACAGGAAAAGCCCUCGAGGUGAUUGGACCACCAUCAGUGAAGCAGCAAGUUGUCAUCGAUGAGCGUUGUGGUCCUGGUGGCGACACGAGCACAUCGAAUGCCUUGAAGGCCGUGGAUUCCAGGUCUGACCGGCAGCUUGCGAGAACUGGUCGACGGAUCAGGGGCAGUGGCAGGAGAAUUGGCCCUUUGCCCGAUACUCGUCAAGAAAACUGGGAUGCCCCAGACUGCCCAGGAAAUCUCGAGAAGCCUCAGCAAGGAGUGCUUGCCCGAACACCUGGCCAGCCAGGACGGAUGUCAUCGCCUCACCGCAGGAACAGCUUCUCUGAAGGGCCCAGGCACAGUGGCUCCGACGAUGCUGACGAGACUGAACACGAUGUGCGCCGCAGGGGAAUGAAGAAGAAAAUUAAGAAGAAGAGAAACAAGCCGAAGGAAGAGCAGCCGGCCACAAGCAUUUCUGUCAAUGGACUGUCUUCGAGUUGUCGUCAUUCAGACGGUAAUGCAACGACAGAAGAAGAUUGGAGUGGGGAACUUAUUGUGGAGUCAUCUGUGCAUCCGAGGAUUUACAGCCAAGAGCAGGUGGCCAGAAACAGUGGACCCAUGAGGCGGGAGAGAAAUGACAGUUACCAGAGCUCGUCCCCCGAGCCCUGCCGUUUCACUGGGCGUAAGUUUGUCAACAGACAUCACCGUGAGUCUUUCUCUGAAGAGGAGAAAGACAGGGGCCCGACUCGAAGUCGCAAUGGCCCCCUUCCGGCCCCCGUCAUCAAAGACUGGAGUGCAGCCGUGGCCGAGGAAGAAGAGCUCCAAAGGCACUCUCUGAGCCGGACAACAGACAACCUGAGAAAUGACUGCAGUGACUCAUCCACGUGGCGUUCUACCUGUAUGGAAGUGCACCGCAAGAAUCGCAAGAAUGACGCCUCGUCCCAAAAGGCUUCUCCGCCCAAAGCGCACGAGUCCCAGCUGCCUCCUCGCUUCCAGAAGCGGAAUCGGCCUGCAACCCCUGAGAAUGCCGUCUCGUCGGCAGCCAAAGGUGGGCUCAUCCGCCUCCCAUGCGAUGUGAGCCUAAGCAGUGCAGGCUCCUCAGAACGACAGUGUGAUGAGAGGAGUGCUGCUGCGGUCCCUGUGUGCGGAAUGGGUCAGGAAAAGCCCCUGAUUGCAGUGAAACCUCAGCCUCAUGUGCCAGUGGAUUCCAUCUACAGCCGGACAAUGCCCAUGGCACCAGUGCCUGGUUUCUGCAACCACUACGAACCAUCCCCACCACCUGUUGUGUCGCCGCCCAUGAUGUCAUCACCAGUGGUGUCACCAGCGUAUCCGGCUGUACCUGGUGUGCCAUUUUCGUGCCAUCUCCCUGGCCAUGGUUUGUCCCCGGUGUACCAUGGUGAUCAAGUCAUCGCACCAGAUGCAUAUGGUCGGAACCGGAUAAAGCCGCUUGUGGAGAAGAACCUGCACGAUGCUGUUCUCCUGGAGCGAGAGCUGAUGAAUUACCUUUCCAAAGGUAUCCAAAACAUUGACACCAAAGCCAUGGGCCACUGCAGAUGGAAGCUCCAGCUGCGGUAUGAAAAUGUGAUCCUGGCUGACCCGAGGUACUGUGCAGAGAGGAAUGUGGAGAAUGCACUCUGGAAGUCUGCCUUCUACCAAGGUAUUGAGACGUUCCGUCGCAUCAUGGAAGAGUGCCCCGAAUUUCAAGAUGAAGCCAAAACACAACUUCUCAAUCUGGUUGACGAGGGCACAAUCUUUUACGAGAACCUGCUGGACAAGUUUCAGGAGACAUAUGGUUUCAACUUGAACCAGUUUCUUGAACCUGACAUUUGUAGUUCCUUGAGCGCCGGUUCCUCUUCAUCAGCAGCCAGUGUCGCCGGAGGAAGGGCUAUUGCUGACUCCGUCAGGCUGGUGCUUAUCUCGGUGCAGAAGAUCUACAUCUGUCUUGGGGACCUGGCUCGGUAUCGAGAGCAGGCCAUGGGCACCACCAACUAUGGCAAAGCUCGCAGCUGGUACCUGAAGGCCCAGCAGAUAGCCCCAAAGAAUGGCCGUCCGUACAACCAGCUUGCCAUUCUUGCGCUCUAUGCGAGGCGGAAGCUCGACGCAGUCUACUACUACAUGCGAAGCCUUGCUGCGAGCAAUCCCUUCCUGACAGCAAGGGAAAGCCUUCUGGCGCUCUUCGAUGAUGCGAGGAAAAAGUAUGAUCACCUGGAGCGUAAGAGGCUUGAGGAAGAGGGUACCAGCCAACAGCCCAGUCUGGAGGGUCCGUGGGACGAAGAGCGGUUGGAAAUUUGGAUCCGGCCCGAUGGGUCCACUUCUCACCGGAGCAGUCGCCAAGGGGACCAAGCGUCACGCGAGAUUGAGCAGUUGGCACAGCUUUCGACAAUUGAUCUCAAUAAACGGUAUGUCUUGAGUUUCCUGCACGUCCAUGGGAAGCUCUUCACCAAGGUUGGUAUGGAGACAUUCUCUGAGACGGCUCGGCGGAUGCUGAUGGAGUUUCGAUGCCUACUCCAAAGGACACCAGCUGCCGUCACCAAUAGCCGACAUUUACAGCUUCUCGCGAUCAACAUGUUCACCGUUGCAAACACCUGUCUAAAAGAUCGCAGCAUGGACCCAGACUGCCGUUCGCUGCUCCAGGAGCAGAGCCUGCAGGUGGCACUUGCCCACGUGGCCAUUGUUUUGGAACGUGCCACACAGCUGCUGCAGCAGAGCUCGUCCUCCCCGUCGUCCUCAUCCUCGUCCUCACCUGGUGCGCCCUCCUCCUCCUUUUCACGGGUCUCCCUUUCAGACGAGGUGGCUGAGCUGCUGCCCACUCUGAAGCUGUGGACGGACUGGAUGUCCUGCCAGAAACGGCUCUGGAUUCCUCCACCUACGCCGUGCGACUACAACACUAGUGUGAAAGGGAAUGUUUGGACAACACUGGCAGACCUUCUGACAGUCCUGCGAAGGUUGAACCUGGGUGACAUCAAGUUCUUCAAGGAGCCCGGAGAAGAUCGUGAGCUGGUGACCUUACCUGAAGAUGCCACCCUGACCAGCUUUGUUCCCUUACUGGGAGCCCCUCAGGAACCCUUCUACGUCCAAGUGCCAUGUGAUCGGGAGCGAGCUCGUAACUACCUGCGAAUCAGCCGGAUCCAGUUCUUUGGGGACUACCUGUGUGGCAUCUCGCCACCCUACCUGGAGUUCAAUGUGGAACGCAAACGCUUUGUUUCACUUAUCGCUGUCUUGGACACAGAGUCUGACUCCGAGAAAGACCUGACUUACGAUUCGUCUGACGACGAGCUGGAACUGGGCGACUCUCUGGACGACCAGGAGGCACCGCUCAAGUCCGGGGAGGAAGAGAACGAGAUCCAGAGGUUGUGGACCAAAAAGGAGCAGUUACGCAAGGCGAAAGAGCAGCAUGAACGCCAGCACGCCUGCGUACAAGCGGUUCUGCAGGAGCACCGGAGCAAGCAGGCGGCCAUGCUGGAAAUCCGGCCUCGGUUCCUCAUACCGGACACCAACUGCUUCAUCGACCACCUGCCGCUCGUCCAGAAAGUGGUCGCCGACGGACACUUCAACGUCUACGUGCCCAUCGUUGUUUUGAACGAGCUGCAUGGUCUGGCACGAGGUGGAUCUCGUCCGGGACCGUGCCCUGACCACUGUGAGAAGGUGGGCUCGAGUGCCAGGGCGGCCCUCGCCUAUCUAGAGGAAAGGUUUGGCCAGCGGGAGCCAAAGCUGCGGGCGAUCACCAUCAGGGGCUCCGUACUGGACACAAUCAGCUUCCGUAGCGAAGAUCUUGGCGAUUACAAGGGGACCAAUGAUGACCAAAUUCUGACUUGCUGCCUGCUGCUUUGCAAUGAUCGUACGGAGCAUGCACUUCCUAGGGAGCCUGAUGCACCGGUGAAGCUAUACCGCGAAACAGUUCUAAUCACUGAGGACCGGAACCUGUGCGUGAAAGCCCUGACACACAAUGUGCCCGUACGGGACCUGCCAGCCUUCCUCCGUUGGGCCAACAUUUCGUGAGGGCAGCGUAUGAGAGAGAGAAACGCCUCUCUGCCACAACACAAACGAGCAAUGCAGUGAAGUCUGCGCCAGAACUACCUGAAGGAUAUCGCUACCUCCAACCCCACUCUGGACAACAGCCCUCGGGUGCACCCUUCCUUCCAGCUCUGCAAGCACAGGUCUAUCAGGCUGGCCAGCUAAACCGUAAAGCACAUAGCUGACUGAAACCCAGGAAGACAGGGCGCCUAGUUUUGCUUCCGCUAGAGCGCCCCUUUAAGGAGAUGAUGCAAUGUCUGUUAUAACAUUUUUGAGGGGGGUUGGCAAGAGGAGAAAUUAACUCUCGGCUGUUUCACGAGGCACGCACGAGAUCUGUGCACAGGCUCAUACUAGCUGCAGCAGAAUAGCAGCAUUUUUUUCCUUGUGCUUCGUUUCUUUUUUUUUUCUGCAGUCUCUUGUAGUGCGCCUCCUUGAUUGAUCAUCAUCACCCAGGAUGAGAACAGGAGAGCACAGGAUCCAGCCACAGACUGCAUUCUCUGCUACCGUGUUAACAAAGCUAUCUGCAAAAGAGACAGUUUUUGAUUUUUGAGAGGCUAUCUGUUUCAGUAAUAAAGCAUGCAAAGGAACAGGAAGGAUAGAGUGACUUGACUUUUUGCUACAUCACUUUACUGCGCCUAUUCCUCACACUUGAAUUGAUGAAAAGCCGCAGCUGCUGGAAGCGCCUUAUGAGUGCUAAGACAACUCCUCGACACGUGACAAGCGCAUGCCAACAGUCUUGCAGGAGUAGCACAGUCAUAGAGAAUCGGGUACACAUUCAAGAGGAAGAAAUUUGUGUGAAGCAAGUGGUAAAGCCCCAUGGUAAAUGUAAUUGUACUAUAUUUUUGCCACUGGUGAAUGAAGAUCUGAGGUCUGGUUGUGCUGCAGAAGAACCAUGUUUGUAUGUUUUCCGAGAACACAAUGGCAGUAUGGUCAUGUAAACUCACUGUGGUCGUAUGUUCAGAACCAGUUGAUUGUGACAACAGUUUUGGGCCCGGUGGGCAAGAAUGCUUUGUCGGGAAUGCACCUUUUCCUCUAUAUCUCGCUCACUCUUAGAUCACUACAGGGAACCACGAAUACCUUCACAUCUUUGAGGCGGUUUCCUAGGAUUUCAAGAAUGCAUUUGUCAGAAGAUAACAUAGUGCAAACUUGUAGCAUAUCUAAGAGCAAUGCAACAUAGCCGUAGACUGCAUUAAAUACCUGUUUGUAUUAGCAAGCUUGUUUUUCUUGUGUAAUGUUCACUGCAUUUUAUUACUCUUAACACAGUACAGGUUUUAUUUCUUCAGUAUAAAUUCCAGAGGCUGCAUGUACAGCAUUUUAUCUGUGCGUAAAUUUACAUGCAGUUGUAAAAAGCUUCCCUCAGCAGACAGUAAGCAGACAUUGUCAAUUUACUGUAGUAAAAUGUCUCAGGCGAGUGUCUCUCCUUUGUCUUUUGAAAGCUUACUGUUACUUGCACACAGCUGUGUAACCAUAGGUAAAGUUACCCACGUGUAAAAUGCUUCAUGCAAGCUGUUUCUGGUCUCCAGCUGAAAUCUCGUUCAGUGAUAUUCUGUAUGGUAUUAAUAUUAGCUCUGUGAUUUUUUUUUUCUCACUUGAAUAAAACAAGGUGUUCUGGGCCACGGUUCCCAUUCAUUUAUGGCAGGCUUAUUGUGGUGUGUGUGAUUUUGAUUCUUGCGUACAUAUAAACUGGGUGAGAAAACAAAAAGAGCAAAAGGUGUGUCUGUAAGUAUUUUAUUGAAAAAUGGAAUUCAUUGUGUACAUGUUCCUCUUUUGCACCCCCAAGGUGCCAUAUUUCAGUUUAAUUUGACUGGUGGUGUGUUAAGUGUGCAGUCAUGUUGAGGUUGUGAUACAACUCGUGUUCACAUGUGCUCUAUGUGAAAGCGAAUAGCUUUUUUGUGUCUGUGUUUUCAUCAUAUCAUGCCACGUCUUACUACCUCCAUUUUUCUUUUUUUUGGUUGUUGCUAGCUUUUGUGCAUUUUUUCUCGGGUGAUGUGGUGACAUUGUCUUGCCUCACUCUACCAGAUGGAUGGAUUCUUGCUUCUUUUUUUUUUUUUAGCUUCAAUUUUUUUCUGCUUCAAAAAGCUCUUUCUUUUUAGGAUCAAUUUUUUUCUGUUUGUGUUUUGUAUUGUGCUUUUCAUUACUUUUCAUUGUGUGAAAUACACAUUGUAAACAUAUGCUAUGUCAUGAACAUUUCAUGUAGUACACAACUAUGCGAGUUCUGUAGCUGUGCAUAAAAUUUGGCGAGCAUUGUGGUAGUUACACAGUGGUACGAAUACAAGAAGCGGCUGUAGCUGCAGCAAUUGCGCUACUUGCAUUUCGCUGUGUCAAUUUGAGACAAGGGUUUUGUGAUUAACCGCACGCAGCUGUCAAGUCGUCAGAUUAUUGUUUUUUUACGCUGUGGUUAUGUUUGUAGGAGUAAUGGCAUGACAUUGGUCUGAAAAUAUUUGAAAUAAACUUGUCUUUUGCAGCUGUUUAUGUGCGGUUGUCUUGGGCAUGCGGUUGUUAAGAGGUAGCAAUUGCAAGGUGACAGCACAUGCUUUUACUGAUUGCCAUUUUUUUGUUAUAUGCAUGUUAAAGCUGUAGUUCGGUCUAGGUUUGACUUCCACAGUGCUCGCAGUUGUGCUUCUUCAUCUCGUUCACAUUUCUUCGUGUUCUUUAUUUCUCUUCCUCAUUGCUUGUUCAAAAGAAGUUCACUACUACACAAUGUUUCACUUUGAUACUCAUGCUUGGGAUACUGGCUCCAAGUCGGCAGUGCUGCUGGUACAAAGUGGUUAUGGGAAACAAGAUUCAUUCCCAUCACUGCUGGUGGUGGUAUGUGUAACGGGAACACCUCGGAAACCAGUAACUGGUGUUCUUAUUGUCUAGAGGCAGGUGUAUUGGUGUCCUCGUUGUUGUCGGUGUUCCGAGUGGUGCUUCUAUUGUUCGCCUCUACCGCAUGGCCAGAGUUGCAGAAACCCAAGCUUACCUACAUUUGAUGCGGCACUUUUUGCAAUCCAUGUGCGACUUUGUACACCCCUCGAAUGCGGCCCUCUGUCUUGCAAUAACAGCAGGAAAACUGUACUAAAGCUUCAUGCUUUUUGGACCAUCCCAGAUGCCUUGUAGACAUUGUUAUUUUACUCACUCCCAAUAAUAUGGGCAAAAAGUCGAUCAGCACUGAUGGAACAAUUAACCAUUUGUUCCCUUUUCACAAAGAUAUACAUAUAUAUACAUAUAUAUGCAAAUAAAGGUUGUCUAAAUUCCAAAGGUGAUGUGCAUGCACUAAAUGAUGACGUGGUCUCUAAUUUUCAUGCUGCAAUGCCUUGUGGAAACCUGAAAACAGUGCUUUAGUGCUGCAAGUUCAUAAUAAAAUCCACAAAGUGAAGACAGCAUAUCCACACUGGCAACCUUUUUUUGUAUGGCAGCCUGUGAGUAUUGCAGUUGCAUACACUUGAGUGUAGCUGCUAAAAGAAAAUGUGGGACAUUGUCUCGGCAAUACCACUACCAUAAUCUCGGUAAUCACUGAAGUGUGCUAGCCUUUAUGCAGUCUAUUUUGGUGUUGAUUUGAAUCGUGGAGCUGCAUUUGUUAUUGUGUUGCUUUUGGUGUCCUCUCUCAUCAUGCUCGGCGCAGAGUACAAGGCAUGUUUCCACCCUGCUUGUGAACGAACCUUUUUAGCGGUACAGUGUCUCCCGACUUAAUGUCGUUCCAUGUUUUGUUGGCCAUUUUCUUUCUUUAAGGGCUACAUGUUGCCUUACUUUACCUCCUGCCACACUCGCAAUGUGAGUGAGACUCGUGUUUUAAUUCCUGGUUACACAUUUCAAUGCUGCCAUUAGUUCUCUCUUUCUCUUUGUGAGUAUGUGCAUGUGAGUCCUGUCACAGUGAAAUCCAAGCACGUUUAGGUCGUAUGUGAUGGUCAUUAAAAACAGUUUCUAUUACAA